CUCUCCCCGGGGCCGGGAACGGGUCAUAAACUUCUUCGGUGUCUCGUAAAAUCUCCAUUGAAGCUGGGAGGUUGUGGUUUGGGGAGGCCGGCGAAAUUCGCCUAUUGAGUUUCUACAAACGAGCCGUUUUCUCCAGCUGUCAGGUCCCAUACGGCUGGUUAAUGCAGCCAUGGUGAAUUUCGCCCAAGUUGUGCGUGAUCACUGGGUUCACAUCCUCGUUCCUUUAGGAUUCGUGGUUGGAUGCUAUCUGGACAGAAUGAACGAUGAAAAACUGUCAACCUUCCGAAACAAGAGCUUACUGUAUAGAAGAGAGUUGAAGCCUGGUGAAGAAACAACAUGGAAAUAAAGACUGUUGAUGAAAUGAGGAAUAUUUUCACUUGAUUAAUUAUCUUGUCUUAAGCAUUGAAAGAAUACAAUUACGGUUUUCAUCUUAAGACUAUAUAAAGCUACAGAAAAGAACAGCUGCAGUCCAUCACUGCCAAUUUAAUUUCCAAACAUACUUUUUGGAAGAUGAUUUAAUUAUAUGACUAAUUUGCGUCCAGGAAGUCCAUAACUGUUGAGAAACUUUUGUCCCUGUAAGUCAUACUCUAGAAAAAGAGGAUGUAAUAAAGAAAAAAACUAUGCAAAAAUCA